AUGAGCAAUGCUAAAGCAAUUGGUACACCAAAGAGUCCAUCAAGAAGUCUUGAUAAGGACGAGAAAGGAAAUUCAGUGGAUGAAGCAAAAUAUCAUGGGAUGAUUGACUCUUUACUUUAUUUAAUUGCUAGUCGACCAUAUAUCAUGUUCAGUGUGUGUAAAUGUGCCAGGUUUCAGCUAGCUCCUAAGGAAUCUCAUCUGACACCAGUAAAGAGGAUAAUUCGUCACCUUAUCAGAACGAUUUCAUAUGGACUAUGGAACCCACGAUCUAACAAUUUUAAGCUUGAAUUUUCAGAUGAUGAUCUUGUAGGUGAUACAGAAGACAGGAAAAGCACUAGUGGAACAUAUCAAUUACUGGGAAAGGCAUUAAUAUCCUGGAACAGCAAGAAACAAGGCUCAAUUGCACUAUCCACAGCUGAGGCAGAGUACAUUGCUAUUGGACAGUGUUGUGCACAAUUACUUUUGAUGUCUCAUCAACUGGGUGACUAUGAAUUAUCUUUGAAACAUAUUCAAAUAUUUGUGACAAUUCUAGUGUUGUGCAUCAUUCUAGAUCUCAGUAUGUAG